AUCAAUCAAUCAAUCCAUUUUCUCCGCCAAAGUCUUGCGCCCUGCCAAGCCUCUCUAUACUCCGAUCGUGGAUCAAGCUGCUUCACUGAGCUAUACAGCGUGCUAACAUCCAUCGAUAAGUCAGUAGCGGGACUAACUAAAACAGUUUAUAGAAGAGAUAGGAAUUAUCCGCGUCAUGAUUCUCAAGGCUGCAGCACCGCUUUGAUGUAUUGCAAGGAGAAAGGCACUUUGGCGAAGGAAUUCGUGCGAGUCCUCCUCUGUACAGACGAUGCGCACGCACUGGAGUGUAUGCUCAGUUCACGUGUCCUGGAAAGCCCUGGCGGAUCACGAGGGGUGGAGACAGAGCAGAGCUCUGCUAGAACGACACGUGUGCGUGUGUGACAAAAGAGUGCAUAACGUUUCAUCGAGGGAGACACGCUUUAUGGGCAAAACCUAUUGCGACAGGUGUGGGGGAGCGAGGGAAUGGGCAUUUCAUCUCCUGAGAAAGGGGUUAAGGGCAGAGCGACCAGUUCUCCGCCUCCCCGCGCUAAACGAGCCCGCAAGAAACAAAUAGCAACCCUCGUUCAAGUUCAUUGCGGAAGUGAUGUCUUCACUUUCGUUUCUGCUGAAUACCUCGGCCGAGAAAGACAGUUCGGGUAGUGUGGCGGCGCUGGGCUGUUUUCAUGGAAGGUGGCGCUGGUGCCUCGGCGCCUCACGCCUCUGCUCUGACCAGUGCCAAGGAGAAAGAGGGAAUUACCCAGAAUGCUGGAAAUAACUCUACUUCAGAAGCGAACAGCAGUGAAUUAUCAACUUCCACAGAUGAAAGUGAUCCGGAUUACUCCUUAGGAAAUGGCCGAACAACAAAUGCAGUAAAGAGAAAGAGAAAGAGAAAGCAUCGAAUGCAAUAUACUGAAAGAUGGAAUGGUAGAAGAAUUCGAAAAGUAAAACGAAGGCAGAUUCAAAUUCAAGAGGAGGAUUUGCAGGGCUCCACCCUUCUUGUGCAUUGUGGACAAGUUAAAGGUGUUUUAUAUAAGGAGAAAUUGGCAGCAGGAAUUUCGCAGAAGUCCAUCAAGAGUUCUGAUGGAAAGUGGUUCACGCCACCAGAAUUUGAGGCUGAAGGAGAACGUGAAAGCUGGAAAUCCUGGAAAAGAAGUAUCCGCCAUAAAGGGCUUCCUUUAGAAAAAUUAAUAGUGAGUGGAUAUCUUCCUAAUCCAAAACGAAUAUACGGCAGGAGGAAAAAGGUAAAGAAUCCAUCAAUAUCAUUUUGCGAAUCAGCUCAGUUCCAGUCAUCAGCUGUGGUCUGUCAUGAUGACCUAGAAGAGGCCACGCCAGGGCCAUCAGAAGAGGCCACACCAGGGCCAUCAGAAGAGGCCACGCCAGGGCCAUCAGAAGAAACUAUUCCAGUGGCACCUCAGUCACCAGGCAGGACCCCACACAAGCACCUUCGAGUGAAGCUGAGGCGUCUCUCACCAUCUGUACUCACCAGGGCAUGGUGCAACCCUCUGGAUUCACCACACACAAGCCCACUGGAUUCACCACAGGCGAGCCCACCGGAUUCACCACAGGCGAACCCACCGGAUUCACCACAGGCGAACCCACCGGAUUCACCACAGGCGAACCCACCGGAUUCACCACAGGCGAACCCACCGGAUUCACCACAGGCGAACCCACCACCUGUGCUGAGGACACCAUAUCGGAGAUGCCAUUGGCGCCGGAGCAUGAAGCCCCACACCAUGUCAUCCAGCCUAGGAUGUGCCAUCCUGCGUUCUGUGCAUGAAAUGAAACGACUAUUCCAAAACACCUUUGGAAAUCGCAAAGCCUUGCAGGUGAAGCUCCAAGAUAUCAAUGGCCACCUAAUUGGCUUGCGGCAUCAACAUGCAGACCUAAAGAAAGCCCUCGACCGGUGCAGUCGGCUUGAUGCAGCCCUGGAUGUUUUGACAUUGCAGAAGCAAAUGAACAGCAUCAUUGAGCACCAGAUGCAACUGGAAACAUUAGUGCUGAAGAUCCUGACAACACUGGGUGUGGAAAGGUCCUAGCCGUAAGGGAUGGUUCCCACCCACCCCUCCCCUGUAGAAAAGGAACGGGAAAUUGUGAAAUAUUAAGUCUCACUUGUCAUUUUGUUGCCAAUUCAUUACUUGGAGCUCCUUUCAAUCUUCAUAAGAUGUGAUUUUGCUUCCUUCCUCCUCAUCUCUAGUUCUAUCUUAGCUAUUAUCAAACUGUAUUCCCAUAAACUGAAGAGAUGUUCCAUGCAGUGUUUUACCAUUCACUGAUUUAUUGGUCCAGAUUAGUAAACCAAUUCUAAAAGA